GGCGCGGUCCUGGGGCGGAGGAGGACGCCAGGCUGAGACGUGCCCCUAGCGGCGUCACCUGAGCGCAGGGCGCCCCGCGGAUUCCAGGAGCGUUUGUGCCCAUUUGCUGUGUGGAGGAGCCUGUCCAGCUCGGUCCUGACCCGGGAGACCUGCAGAGCCUGACUGGGAGUUUGCUGUGUCAAGAGGCAGCUUCAACCCCCGAAGGUGGUUGACAGAUCUCCAGGGAGGCCAGGGGCAUCCCUGGAAACCAGAAAGCCCACCCUACCUGUGUCUCUGUUCCAAAGCAAGUACCCCAAGAGCAGCAGCACCCAGGAUGGGCCACUACCACCGCGGGAGCUUGUUGGCCGUCCCUGUGGCUGCGAAGUGGGAUCUCACUGUGGCUUUGCUUCCGUGCUCCCGAGGACGGCGGUGUGCGCGUGCCUGGCCUUGUUUUACCUGUGCACACAUUCAGCAACCCUGGGGAACGAGUCCUCACUGGGCUGGGCUCCCCGGCUGCCGGCGUAACCCGGAGACUCUGCUUUGCUCCCACAGAGCUCCAAGCCCGAGAGCGAACAGACGUGUGAACAAAACAGUAGCAGCCCCGGCUCCCCUGGCGACCGCCUGCUUCUCUGACCGCAGGACACCGCGCCCGGCCCAGGAGCCGCUCCCGCCCGGCGCCGGCCUCCGCGCAGGUGCAGCAUCCCGCAGCCACAUGGACACGCGGGGCCCAGAAACCCCCGGCGGGGCCGUGCUUCGGGACGCGGCAGAAAAUCUGAUUCAGGAACUUCAAGAACAUUUUCAAGCUCUGACUGCAACAUUAACCAUCAGAAUGGAAGAAAUGGGGCAUCGCAUUGAGGACUUGCAGAAGAAUGUAAAUGACUUAAUGGUGCAAGCUGGGAUUGAAAACUCUAUUAAAGAACAAAUGACCUGAAGAUGUUAUUAGACAAGUCACUUGAAACUGUAAUAAAAGGAAAACUCUACUUUGAGUAAUAAUCUAUGUAA